GCAGGGGGCACCGGGGGUGCUGAUGAGACCGGCGCUAACAAAGACGCUCAUCAGUCACCUGUGAUACAGUUGGAGACGUCCAAGUGCGUACCUGCUUUGAACUCAACUCCUUUGUAAAGUGCUAAUGCGUUUUGUUCAAACAUUCAGUUACGCUGACUUUUCACUCUCCGCGAAGAAGCCUGAAGCCAAGCUCCACGGAGCAACCUUCUCAAGUGUGAGACUGAGGACUGUAGGUCAACUGGCGCCAGCUUCUUGAGGGCGGCAGUCGACCAUGUGGUGAGUGAUCCUGAUAGCCCUUCGUGUUUGAAGACAUUUUUGAAUAGCGAUUUUGGGGCAUUGAGCCUUUGCUCCACCCAUUCGCCAUGGCCUCUGGGAAGGUAGUCACACGCAGAACGUCGCCCCUCUCAAAGUCUCAGCAGAAGCAUUGGGAGCAAGUCUUGUUCACUUAUUGUGAGUUUGGGCUUGGACAAGAAUACCAAGAACUUGCUGAAGAGAGCAAGCGGCUGAUGAUGUCUGCUUUGGAAAUUUCCGUGAAGAAUGCAGCGGCACGCUUGGCACAACAAAUGGGAACCAUGGGAAGGGCGGGGACUCGGCGCAAGAAUGCAAAGGACUCCGUUGGUGACCCGUUGAAGACAGCCUUGAAAGAGACUGGGGCGACAGGUCGCUUGGAUGAGGAGAUGUUGGACCACAUCCGGGAGCGGUUCUUACCGUCUUGGGGUGCGCCAGCAUUAUUUCAAAAUUUGAUCCUGGAACAUGACGGGGUCAGUGACCAGCUGAGAAGCGAUCAAAAGGAGUUCAACAUUUGCUCAACAGUAGCAUCUGUGCAGAAGCCUAGCCGAAGCAGCUCGUGGGACCACCUGAGAGCCAUUUCAAUAGGAGAUCUUCGACUUUUUCAGACAAUGAGCGGCAUGCGGCUGGAAUGUGCAGUUGUUGGGCAUCCCAUCCAAAUGGUUGGAAUCACCACUCUAAUUCAAGAUGCCGCUGGCCAAGCGGUCCUUUGUGGGAUCUACAACCUACCAGGGGUGACAAAUCAAGCGACGGCCAACAAAGCCUUGCCCAAAGGAUCAACAGUGAUCAUUGCGGAGCCCUUUCUGAAGAUCAUGGCUGAUGGUAGGCGAGGAGUUCGAGUGGACAAUCCAGAUGAGAUAGAUAUUUUCUUGCCAGGUGUAAGGCCACUAAUUCGCAAAGCGGGCAGCAUCUCUGCAAGGGCAAGUGAUGGAAACGAAGCGUCCAAGAUGUCUCAGGACCAAAAAGGUGAGAAUCAAACCCCAAUAGCGGAACUGGCCGAAGACUUCAGACCAGGCCAGCGGGUGAAGCUGUUUGGCUUGACCUCUAAGAAAGGUGCGACCUUAAAUGGGAAGUUUGGAGUUGUGGCUGCCGAGCAAGAUGAACACGAUUUGGAAAGAGUCACAGUUGAGCUUGACAGUGAUGCUGGAAAACCAGAACUCGUCAAAAUCAAGCCGUCGAAUAUGGAGAUCGCCCAGGAGACCGACUUGGAAAACAUUCUUCAGGCCAAGAAGGAUGCGAAUGAAGCAUUUGCCAGAGGAGAGCUCCACCAAGCCAUUGAAGCCUACAAUGGAGUUGCAAAGGAAUUGUGCUCCCACAAAACGCCAAAAGCCAUGACAGAGCUCACAAAAUGCAUUUGCGACAGGGCGCUGUGCUUUUUGAAACUGAGACAGUGGGAGGCUGCAAGGGUUGAUUCUCAAUCAGUCUUGGAGAGAGAGCCCACCAAUGCCAAGGCUCACUUUCGACUUGCCUCAGCUUCGUUUCAAGAAGGAAACGCCGAAAGCCAAGAGAAGAUCCACGAGGCUGCCACUCACAUUUGCGUAGCAAUCGCGCUCGCUCCAACAGGUGAGGCUGCAAUGACUGAUUUGCUGGAUGCGAUUGCAAGCAAGUCUGCAAGACCUUUGCCGCAAGCGAAGGAAGUUGUUGCAGUUGGUGAUGCCAGCGAGCUUUGGGCAGCUUUGCAGCGCGACAGAAAGAAGUUCAUUGCCAUCAAACCUGGAGACUACGGCCCAACUCACAAGCCAUUUUGGGCGGAGCAUGAUGCGACCCUCGUGGGCUUGGGCUCGAAUAAAGUCAGGUUUCUCAAGCGAAGUUCACAUGUCUUCUCAGUGGUUAUGAAUGCCCGAGUUCAGAUGUUCAACCUGACGAUCACCGAUUCACCCCAAGCUUCGCAUGGGUAUGGGUGUUGCAGUGUGGAUUCUGGUGCGUGGCUCAAGCUUUCCGGCUGCAUCGUGGAGAAUUGCUGCGAAGUUGGUGUGAUUGUGGCGCGUGGCGGUCGAUGCAUCAUUGAAGACUGCCAGUUCCGUAGACUGGGUAGUCAAGCCGUGGAGGUAAGGGAGAUGGGGCAGGUGGAAAUACGACGGUCACAAUUCCUCCGAGUAUGGCAAGGAGUUGUUGCAUACGCAGGUGCUAGGAGCCUUGUCAUGGAAGACGUGUUGAUUGAAGGCUCUUUCCACGAAGGUGUCUGUGCGUGCGGAGACCUUAAAACGGAUGAGACUCGCAAGCUAGAGAAGUUGCCUGACCCCGAUGCUGAGCGGAUUGCAACGCCAGGCUGGCGGAAGCGAGACCAAGCCUACAAAAUGGGCCGACAAAUAUCCAUGUUUGCGUCAGAGUGGGCAGAGGACAUGGGUUGGAAUGGGCGGUUAGCACUCUCCAUGUCAACUUGCACCAUCACGAAUGCUCAAGGUUUGGCAUGCAGCUUCGACACUGGUUGCGCUGCGCAUUUGUCAGCGUGUACGUUUCAGAAGUCUGUCUCCAGCAAAACUACUAGGUGGUAUGGAACUGGUUUGAUGAUCAAAGGCGGCUCUGACGUAACAGUGAAUCGCUGUCGUUUCCUAAAGAAUGAAGUUGGUGUCGAUGUGGGGUUCAACUACGGGGGGGAUGUAUUAAUUGAGAACAGUAUAUUUGCUGGUAACCUCUUCAAAGACGUGAUCGAGCUGGGCCAAGAAAGAAAGACGCAAGAGAUGUUUGAGGGAAGCUUUUGGAACAGGCACAAACAAGCAGGAGCAUGGAGUGCUCCAAUCAGGACAGCUAGGAAUCAAUUUCUUUCCAAAUCAGCGCGAGUCCCAGAGAUACACGAGUUGGAAUCUUCAUCAUCUUCAAGGUCGCAGGGGCAACCAUUGCCACAAAAACUGGCCUGGGAGGCUGCUGCCAGACAAAGCUAUGUUUUGGCCACGCCUUGCUUGUGCGGGUUCUUGUGCACCGAGCUUGGCAACAGUCCCGAAUGCUCUCAACUUGGACUUGGAAACCACAUCGAUUUCCCUCCGUUCAUGUGCCUGCCGUGUAGCGAUGCCUUGAGAAUGAAACAGGAUGACGUCAACGCGCAGUUUUACUUUCGAGAUGAGGAACGCAGAACCCGUUCCAGGCAUUGGUGUUUGCUUGGCACAAUCACUUCUGUCGGUGUUGCUCGCACCGCAGAUGCGCAUUCUUUCAUGGCAUUUAGAGGCGCUGAGGCCGCAAAGAGUGUGAAGCUCAAGACCAAAUUUGCAGAUUCAGAGCCUGAGGUAGAGGUUUUGAUGAUGUUGGAUGAGCCCCUCUCCCAUCAAAGCUCAGCUCUUCAGUCAGGCUGUACCUUGGCGAUUUUGUACGCAGAGGCAUCCGACAUUGACAUCAGACAGGGGACUGGUCAGGUGAUUGUCACGGACAACUCCUUGGUUUACGCUUUUGCAGCUCCUCUUGACCAGAUCAUGGCCCAGUCAUUCGCAGCUGAUGAGUCCAUUUGUGGGAGCUGUGGCAAAGACACCUCAGAGUCCUCCACGCAAAGCUGCAGCGCCUGUGGCGUCGUCUCCUACUGCAGUAGCAAGUGCCGUUCGGACCACAACCAGCGUCACAAGGAGCUUUGCCCGCAGAUGGCCAUGCUUCGUCAGCUGGCAGUGACCGACUUUCGCAGCGACCCUGAUGUCCAGCUGAGCUUUCCACUUUGGGCAGAAGGACUCCCAACCAUCCCAGCCGUUCCACCGCAUGCGCCACAUGACGCGAGCCUUUCAGAGCCGGAGGCGCAGGAUGAGGCGAAGGAGCCGAGCGCCGAGACGAGCCGAGCGCCAAGUGCGCCAAAGGUCGAGGAUUUGUGUUCCUUCUUGGAUUCUGCCUCAGAUGCUGAUAUGGCCAAGGCUGUAGCUUCGGUUGAGGAAGCUUUGCAAGCGAAGGAUACUGCAGGAGCUUUCGUGAUUCAAAAGCAGAAUGGGCGACCAAGAUUGCAGAACAAGCUGAAACGCACAAAAGCACGGCUGGCAGAUCUCUUGGCAAAGAGUGCCGAGCCAUCAACCCAACCACAACAAAGGCAGGCGCAUCCACCCGAGAUAUCACAGGAAGAGAGGGAAGAUUAUGCUGAAGAUCAGGGGGCAGAAGGAAGCUUAUGUGGUCUUGGCCCCACAGACCAGGACGGCUAUCACGGAGUUCCAGAGCUGCCCCGCUGGAAGGCAGGUUUGCCGUACCGCAGGUGUGCGCGCAGGAGUUUCUUCCACGCUUUCGAGUCCUACCCUAGAAGCUUGCCAUGCCCAUCAGAGCCUUGGUGCACCAACAUCAACCCAGCUGCGUUUUGCUUUGAUUUCAAGGAGUUGGCUCGCUCUGGCCGUGUGCGCACUCUUAGCUGCUGGGGUCAUAGUGCUUCACGUCCAGGCCACAAGAUUCCCAGUGUGGCAGGCAGCCAUCAGAGGUUGUGGAAGCUGCGACCAAGUGAGAUCACCUUCAGCCAAAAUUCCAUCGGCCGGAACUUUUCGGAUGGCAACUCUUUGGAUCAAACCUACGAUGAUCUUCGCGCUGGGCGUUGCAAGGUGGAGGACAUCGAGAAGAUCAAGAUUACGUGGCACAGCCAUGUGAGAUCUCCAGGUGAACCACGUUGGUGGACUUAUACCGGGAACAGAAGGCUGUCUCUUUUCCAAAAAUUGGAAGAGGAGGGACGUCUGAAAUUUCUAGUGGCUGAAUGGGUCAAUGAGCCAGUUCCUGAGUGGCGAAUGACCACUGAGAACGGAGGAGGGCGCCCCUCCGUCCGUGGAGGCAGGAAGAGGUGAAAAAGGAUCUCGUUGGACCCAAGGGCGUUGAAGAGACUUGCCGCAGGCCUUCAAGCGAUUGUGUGAAUGGUGAAUGGAGUGCUGUUUUUGAUAGCGCUUUCAUGUAGAAGCCAGCUGUCAAAGGAGCGCGUGAAGCACAUCGAAACCAUUGCCACUUUGUGCCCGGAUCUUGGCUAUGACAUAAUGGCGGAACAGCAUCAUCAUAGCACCGAUUUUGUGCACGGCUGGUGUUGUCGGAUCUUGAUGGAGCAAGACUUGGAGAGUAGAGGGAAUGUAAAAGCUACGUUGCAGGCGCAUGAGAUCCGCGGCAUUGCUUACGACUGCCCCAACUGGUCUUCGCUGUCACUUGCGUUCACAGGGCCGAGGUACAGAGGUGCACGGCCCAGCGAAUUUCUGGUGA